GCGGUUUGUCAACUUGAUUAUAACUUGAAUAAUACUUCUAGAUUCACGGUGGUUAAUUAAUAAUUUUUGGGCACCAUUAUGGGCUCCUCAAACGAAGUGGAGGAUAAGGAAAGUUCCUUUUAUAAAGCGAAUAUUAUGUUUGAAAAUACAAAUAACAAAAAUGCCGAAAAAUCUAAAUUUUCCAGAUUCUUUUCACGUGAUAAGAAAAACGAUUCCAGUAAAGAAGGCUCAAAGGAAGAAGAGAAUGAUGAUAAUAAAAAGAAGGACGAUAUCAAACCUGUGGCAUUUUUCCAAAUGUUUAAAUAUGCUACAGGAAAAAAUCGCUUAAUGUACUGCAUCGGAAUUCUAUGUUCUAUAGCCACAGGAUUAACUACUCCCGCAAACAGUUUGAUUUUUGGAAACUUAGCUAAUUCUAUGAUUUACUUUGGAGAGUCCGUUAUUGGCUACACUAGAAGUGCUGAGUCGGAUGCUCUUUUGGAUGCUGUGCAGGAAUUCGCUCUUCAGAAUACUAUGAUCGGAGUAGUUAUGUUAGUGUGCAGUUACUUAGCAGUUACGUUCUUUAAUUAUUCUGCUCAUGCGCAAAUUUUACGCAUCAGGGGAAAGUUUUUAAAAUCAAUACUUCAUCAAGAUAUGGAAUGGUACGAUUUUCAUCAAAGUGGCGAAGUUGCAAGUAGAAUGAAUGAAGAUUUGUCGAAAAUGGAGGAUGGAUUAGGCGAAAAAGUGGCUAUGUUUGUACAUUUUAUGGUUGCAUUCGCUGGUUCCAUCGUUUUAGCUUUUAUUAAGGGUUGGCAGUUGGCGUUAGUGUGCCUUACAAGUCUUCCAGUAACUUUUCUUGCAAUGGGUUUGGUCGCUGUAGCAACGUCGAAACUUGCAAAAAAAGAAUUAAAUGUCUACGCUUCUGCAGGCAAUGUUGCAGAAGAAGCUAUAAGUAGUAUACGGACGGUUAAAGCUUUUGAAGGGGAACAAAAAGAAGUUAACGCUUACAAAAGCCAAAUUGUAGAUGCUAGGAAUCUCAAUAUAAAACGAAAUAUGUUUUCUGGAAUGGGAUUUGGUUUGCUAUGGUUUUUUAUAUAUGCAUCAUAUUCUUUGGCAUUUUGGUAUGGUGUCGGUUUGGUCUUAAAAAAUUAUGCUGGCGAUGAGUACUACUCUAACUACGACCCAGGUACAAUGAUAACUGUAUUUUUUUCGGUAAUGAUGGGAUCGAUGAAUAUUGGAAUGGCUUCGCCAUAUAUUGAAGCAUUUGGUAUUGCAAAAGGCGCUUGUGCUAAAGUUUUUAAUUUAAUCGAACAAAUCCCCACUAUAAAUCCAAUAGAACCGAAAGGUAAAGUUUUGAAUGAACCGUUAAAUGAGAUUGAAUUUAAAGACAUUGAGUUUGAGUAUCCCACACGAAAAGAAGUACAAAUUUUAAAUAAAUUAAAUCUUAAAAUUCACCGUGGCCAAACUGUUGCUCUAGUUGGUCCAUCUGGUUGUGGAAAAUCUACGUGUAUUCAGUUAAUUCAGAGAUUUUAUGAUCCACAGGGUGGUUCAGUUCUUUUCAAUGGUGUGGAUUUAACCGAAAUUAACAUCAAUUGGAUAAGAGAACGAAUUGGUGUAGUAGGACAAGAACCUAUUUUGUUUGGUACAUCAAUUUAUGAAAACAUACGUUAUGGAAAAGAAGAUGCAACGCGAGAAGAAAUAGAAGAAGCUGCACGCGCUGCAAAUGCGCACAUAUUUAUAAAGAAAUUACCUCAAGGCUAUGACACACUUGUCGGUGAAAGGGGGGCUCAAUUAUCAGGAGGUCAAAAACAACGGAUAGCAAUUGCACGUGCUAUAGUUCGAAACCCCGAGAUCUUACUUCUUGAUGAAGCAACGUCUGCUCUAGACACAGCUAGUGAAGCCAAAGUGCAAGCAGCAUUAGAAAAGGCGAGUGAAGGGCGCACUACAAUUAUAAUAGCACAUCGACUGUCUACAAUUCGACGAGCAGACAAAAUUUUUGUUAUAAAUAAAGGCGAAGUAGUAGAAUGUGGAACACAUCAAGAAUUAAUGGACCUAAAAAAACAUUACUUUAAUUUAGUAACAACACAGUUGGGCGAUGAUGUGGCCAUAACUACACCUGGAAUCGAUCAAGCCAACAACUUUUUAAAUUUGAAAAAGGAUGAUGAUGAAGAAAUUAAUGUAUACUCGACUGAGGAAGAAGUUAUAGAGGAGGAGAAAAGCAUUAAUUUUUCUCUUGUAUCGAUAUUAAAAAUGAACUCUACGGAAUGGCCCCAAAUUUUAUGCGGAUGUAUAACAUCUGUAAUUAUGGGUUGUGCCAUGCCCUUGUUUGCUGUAAUAUUUGGUCAAAUUCUUCAAGUUUUAGCUGAUAAAGAGCAUCCAGACUUAGUGCGUGAAAAUUCAAAUCAAUAUAGUUUAUACUUUUUGAUAUGUGGAAUUGUUGUCGGAAUAGCUACGUUUUUGCAGAUAUACACUUUUGGAAUAGCUGGAGAAAAAUUGACAGAGCGUUUAAGGGGGCUUAUGUUUGAAUCAAUGUUGAAACAAGAAGUUGCUUGGUUUGAUGAUAAAGCCAAUGGUACUGGCAGUCUUUGUGCAAGGUUGUCAGGGGAUGCGUCCGCCGUUCAAGGUGCUACGGGACAACGAAUUGGAACAAUUAUUCAAUCACUGGCCACUCUAGCUUUGGGUAUUGGAUUGUCUAUGUAUUAUGAAUGGAGUUUAGGACUUUUGGCAUUAGCUUUCGCCCCUUUCAUAUUAAUAGCAACAUUUUUACAAAGAAAAGUUAUGGCUCAAGAAAAUAUGGGAACCGCUAAAACAAUGGAAAAAUGCACAAAGCUUGCAGUAGAAGUUGUAUCUAAUAUAAGAACAGUCGCGUCAUUAGGCAGAGAGGAAAUGUUUCACAAGCAAUAUAUGGAACUGCUUACUCCAGCUGUUCAGAAAGCUAAAAGAAAUACGCAUUUCCGAGGUGUCGUUUAUGGGUUAGCCAGAUCACUUAUGUUCUUUGCAUAUGCCGCUUGUAUGUAUUAUGGUGGUUGGUGCGUUGUAAAUAAAGGAAUGGAAUUCGGAAAUGUAUUCAAAGUAUCACAAGCUUUAAUCAUGGGCACUGCAUCAAUAGCAAGUGCUCUUGCAUUCGCACCUAAUUUCCAAAAAGGUGUUACUGCUGCAGAAAACAUUUACAAACUUUUACAAAGGGAACCGAAAAUUGUAGAUAAUCCUAACGUUUCUUUAGCACCAUGGUAUUCUGAAGGCAAUGUAUUUUAUAACCGUGUCAGAUUUAACUAUCCAACAAGAAAAGAAAUUACUGUUCUUAAUGGAUUAAAUCUUGACGUAUAUAGAGGCCAAAAGAUAGCAUUAGUUGGGCCAUCAGGAUGCGGCAAAUCGACAUGUAUUCAGUUAUUACAGAGGUUUUAUGAUGUGGAUGAAGGAUCCGUAUCAAUAGAUAAAUAUGACUUACGAAAUAUAUCUUUAAAUAACUUACGUCGACAGUUAGGUAUUGUAUCUCAGGAACCAAUAUUAUUUGAUAGAUCUAUUAGCGAAAAUAUUGCUUAUGGUGAUAACACUCGAAUUGUUGAAGAACAAGAAAUAAUUGCUGUAGCUAAAAAAGCAAAUAUACACAAUUUCGUUGCGUCUCUUCCUUUGGGAUAUGAAACUCGUAUGGGAGAAAAAGGAACACAACUGUCAGGUGGACAAAAACAAAGAAUUGCCAUUGCCAGGGCGUUGAUAAGAAAUCCUAAAAUAUUACUAUUAGAUGAAGCAACAUCUGCCUUAGAUGCUGAAAGUGAAAAAAUUGUGCAAGAAGCGCUAGAUGCAGCUAGUGAAGGCCGAACUAGUAUUAGCAUCGCUCAUAGACUGUCAACAAUUAUUGACUCCGAUGUAAUUUUUGUAUUUGAGAGCGGAAAGGUAUGUGAAAGUGGAACGCACAAGGAACUGAUCAACCUACGGGGUCUUUAUUACACUUUAUAUAAAUUACAAGCAGGAGGAGCGUGAAAUAACGAAUGCUAUACAUAUCUAAUAUGUAGUGAAACGAUCAAAUUAUAUGCAUGUUUAAUUUGUAUAAUAAUUUAUUUUAUUACUUACGCAAAACUAUCAGUCUUAGAUUAUAUUAUAUAA